CAGCGCUCGCGCCGCGCGCGCCGUCCGCCUCCGCCGCUCGGCGCUCUUAUUUUGGCUGUGAGGGGCGGGUGCGCGCGUCAAAGCAUAGAGACGGGCGUUGAGCUCUCGGGCUAGAGCGUCGCCGAGUCGGAGCUAGAGUCCGAGCCGCGCGCUGUGUCUCCGCUGCGUCUGCCGAGGCUCCUGAGUGUCAGGGACAAAAGCUGCCGCCGCGCCGCCUGCUCCCGCCGCCGGGGCUCAUCCGCCGCCGCCGCCCUGAGGAGAGUCCGCUGCCGCCGCCACCCGUCAGGAUCCGAAAGCCAUGUCGGCCAGCAGCCUCUUGGAGCAGAGACCAAAAGGUCAAGGAAACAAAGUACAAAAUGGAUCUGUACAUCAAAAGGAUGGAUUAAAUGAUGACGACUUUGAACCUUACUUGAGUCCACAGGCAAGGCCCAAUAAUGCAUAUACUGCCAUGUCAGACUCCUACUUACCCAGUUACUACAGUCCCUCCAUUGGCUUCUCUUAUUCUUUGGGUGAAGCUGCUUGGUCUACUGGGGGUGACACAGCCAUGCCCUACCUAACUUCUUAUGGACAGCUGAGCAACGGAGAGCCCCACUUCCUACCAGAUGCAAUGUUUGGGCAACCAGGAGCCUUAGGUAGCACUCCAUUUCUUGGUCAGCAUGGUUUUAAUUUCUUUCCCAGUGGGAUUGACUUCUCAGCGUGGGGAAAUAACAGUUCUCAGGGACAGUCUACUCAGAGCUCUGGAUAUAGUAGCAAUUAUGCUUAUGCACCUAGCUCCUUAGGUGGAGCCAUGAUUGAUGGACAGUCAGCUUUUGCCAAUGAGACCCUCAAUAAGGCUCCUGGAAUGAAUACUAUAGACCAAGGGAUGGCAGCACUGAAGUUGGGUAGCACAGAAAUUGCAAGCAAUGUUCCAAAAGUUGUAGGCUCUGCUGUUGGUAGUGGGUCCAUUACUAGUAACAUCGUGGCUUCCAAUAGUUUGCCUCCAGCUACCAUUGCUCCUCCAAAACCAGCAUCUUGGGCAGAUAUUGCUAGCAAGCCUGCAAAACAGCAACCUAAGCUGAAGACCAAGAAUGGCAUUGCAGGGUCAAGUCUUCCACCACCCCCAAUAAAGCAUAAUAUGGAUAUUGGAACUUGGGACAACAAGGGUCCUGUGGCGAAAGCGCCCUCACAGGUUUUGGUUCAGAAUAUAGGUCAGCCAACCCAGGGGCCUCCCCAGCCUGUAGGUCAGCAGACUAACAACAGCCCACCAGUGGCUCAGGCAUCAGUAGGGCAACAGACACAGCCGUUGCCUCCACCUCCACCACAGCCUGCCCAGCUCUCAGUUCAGCAACAGGCAGCUCAGCCAACCCGCUGGGUAGCACCUCGGAACCGUGGCAGUGGGUUUGGUCAUAAUGGGGUGGAUGGUAAUGGAGUAGGACAGUCUCAGACUGGUUCUGGAUCUACUCCUUCAGAACCCCACCCAGUGUUGGAGAAGCUGCGGUCCAUUAAUAACUACAAUCCCAAGGAUUUUGACUGGAAUCUGAAACAUGGUCGUGUUUUCAUCAUUAAGAGCUACUCUGAGGACGAUAUCCACCGUUCCAUUAAGUAUAAUAUCUGGUGCAGCACAGAGCAUGGCAACAAGAGACUGGAUGCUGCUUAUCGAUCCAUGAACGGGAAAGGCCCCGUUUACUUACUUUUCAGUGUCAACGGCAGUGGACACUUCUGUGGCGUUGCAGAAAUGAAAUCUGCUGUGGACUACAACACAUGUGCAGGUGUGUGGUCCCAGGACAAAUGGAAGGGUCGCUUUGAUGUCAGGUGGAUUUUCGUGAAGGACGUUCCCAAUAGCCAACUGCGACACAUUCGCCUAGAGAACAACGAGAAUAAACCAGUGACCAACUCUAGGGACACUCAGGAAGUGCCUCUGGAAAAGGCUAAGCAGGUGUUGAAAAUCAUAGCCAGCUACAAGCACACCACUUCCAUUUUUGAUGACUUCUCACAUUAUGAGAAACGCCAAGAGGAAGAAGAAAGUGUUAAAAAGGAACGUCAAGGUCGUGGGAAAUAAAAGGCAGUUCUGCACAGACUGCAGCAACGGUUGCAUCUGCUAAGAGGAAAAAAUGACCUUCAAGAAAAUUAGGACUUUUUUCUUAAUUUCAUUGACUUCAGAGACAAUUGCAGACUUGCAGUUUAAGUAUUGGAAUUUCACAAAAGACAUAGGACUUAACUGGAAAAUGGAAAAAAAAAAAAAGAAAAGGAAAAAGGAAACAAAAAAAUCCCUCUAGGUAGUUUAGGUGAAAAAUGUCCCUUUUAUUUUGGCUUUGGUUGUGAUUUCAGAGCAUAAUGCUUUGUUUUUUUGUCUUUUUACUAUGUUUUUCGGAUUUUUAAGUCCGUAAGUGCAUACAGUUUUCUCUAAUUUUUAAACCCUUUCCUCCUCCCAUUUUGACAUUUGCAUUUGGAGAACACUUGAGUUGCAAAGGUUUUGGGCAUCCACCCCAGAAAGUGGGAAUUCGAUUUUUUUCUCUUCCGAACUGGAAGAACGUUUUUAUGAAGAAUUUUUGUCUAGGAGAAUUUAACAGUGUUACGCAGGGUUGUGUCUUUAAGGGUGGUUCAUUUUCUAUGACCCUUUGUUACUCAAAGUAAAGUACUAGGAGUCCUAAGAAAUGUUCUGUUCUUGUACAUUAUACUGAUUAAGUCAGGAUUAAUUUGAUUUCAAAGCUAAGAACAGUGGUAAAAACUCGUUUACAGAAAUGCAUUUGGAAGAGAAAAAUAUUGUAAAAUGUGUAGUGAAUGUUUCUUCAGUUUCUUGUUCAGCCAAUGAGGAAAGGGCAUUGCCUUUCUUUUUACCAUUAAUCACUUCUCAAUAAACGUGAGAUCCUGUUGAGCAUCA